UAAAAAAAUCAGCGUAAAUAGUGUAAAUUUAACAAAAAAAAAAGUGUAAUUUCCAACAAAUUGUGCAAGUUUCAAUGUGUAAUUUAUAAAAGAAAAUGCCACCCACCAUUAAUAGUGCCGCCGCUCCUACCGAAAAAAGGCCACCCAGACAAACAGAAAGAAAAUCGGAAAUUAUAUGCCGUGUUAAAUAUGGCAAUAAUUUGCCUGAUAUACCCUUCGAUUUGAAAUUUCUGCAGUAUCCCUUCGGUAGUCAUCGUUUCGUACAGUAUAACCCCACUUCAUUGGAGCGCAAUUACAAGUAUGAAGUCUUGACCGAACAUGAUCUGGGCGUAACCAUCGAUUUAAUCAAUCGUGAUCUUUAUCAAGCCGAUCCCUAUGCACAACUUGAUCCAGCUGAUGAAAAACUACUGGAAGAAGAUGUCCAUACACCACACGAUUCAGUGCGUUCCAAACAGCAUUCUCGCAGUGUGUCAUGGUUGCGUAAAUCAGAAUAUAUUUCCACGGAACAGACUCGUUUCCAACCUCAGAACUUGGAACAAAUUGAAGCCAAGGUGGGUUAUAAUGUGAAGAAAUCAUUGCGUGAGGAAACUCUCUACUUGGAUCGUGAAGCUCAAAUUAAGGCCAUUGAGAAAACAUUUGACGAUUCGAAGAUCGAAAUCACCAAACAUUACUCCAAACCCAAUGUGGUGCCAGUGGAAACAUUUCCUGUGUAUCCAGAUUUCAAAAACUGGAAGUAUCCUUGUGCCCAGGUCAUUUUCGACAGUGAUCCCGCACCGGCUGGCAAAAAUGUACCAGCUCAAUUGGAGGAAAUGUCUCAGGCUAUGAUUCGUGGUGUGAUGGACGAAAGUGGUGAACAGUUCGUGGCCUACUUCUUGCCUACUGAGGGCACCUUGGAAAAGAGACGCAUUGAUUUUGCCGAACAAGUGCUCUACAAGGAUGACGAAGAUUAUGAGUAUAAAAUUGCCCGUGAAUAUAAUUGGAAUGUUAAGAGUAAGGCUUCUAAGGGCUACGAGGAGAACUACUUCUUUGUUAUGCGCCACGAUGGCGUCUUCUACAAUGAACUGGAGACACGUGUACGUCUUAAUAAGAGACGUAUGAAGGUGGGCCAACAACCCAGCAAUACUAAAUUGGUUGUUAAACAUCGUUCCUUGGAUGCAAAUGAACACCGCAUGCAACGUUAUCGUGAACGUCAAUUGGAACCAGCCGGUGAUGACGAUGAUGAAGAAGAAAUGGAAGAGGAGGAAGAAGAUGACAUACCACAAACCGUGCAGCCACAACAAGAGCAAACCGAACCAGAUGAGGGCAGUAAAGAGGCUGAGCAAACAGAACGUGAACGCAAAUCACGUUCUAGAUCUAAAUCACAUGCCAAGUCUCAGUCAAGAUCUAGAUCACGUUCGGGUUCGGCUUCUGGUUCUGGUUCGGAUAAAUCUGGUUCUGCUUCCGGCGGCUCUAGAGCCUCUUCACGUUCGCGCUCUCGUUCUAAAUCAAAAUCACGCAGUCGUUCUCGUUCAAAAUCGGCUUCACGCUCCCGUUCACGUUCCGCUUCUGGUUCUCGUUCCGCCACUAAAUCACCCUCCAAAUCACGUUCGGCUUCACCAGCUGGUUCACAAAAAUCUGGCUCUCGCUCCCGCUCUGGUUCGCGUUCAUCUCGUUCGAAAUCACGUUCAAAAUCCCGUUCUAAAAGCGGUUCCCGUUCUAAAAGCGGUUCCCGUUCUAAAAGCCGUUCUCGCUCACGCAGCGCUUCUGGUUCUCGAUCACCCUCACGUUCUCGCAGUAAUACACCCAGUGGUUCCGGCAGUGGCACUGCCUCUGGUAGCGGUUCCGAAGCUGAAGAUUAAAUUGCCACAAUAUUCAAAGGUAUUUCUUUAAAUGUAUAAAUCAGAAAAAAGAAAUGAUUUUUAUUUACACAUAAAUUUAAUUGAAAAAUAAUUCUUUAAAAAAAAAAUAAACUAUUGACAAGGAAAAUUCUA